AUAGCAAAGAGAUUCAACAAGCGUUAAAGAAGUACAACCUUGACAAUGAUCUUGGCCUUGGUCAGUUCCGAAAGUCGAAGAGUCUUAAGAAAACUUCGCAGUCAAAUUCGCAAAAAUAAAGUUUGUUCAGAAUCUCCAACCAGACAGAAAAUGUCAAUGGUGUAUUACGAAGAUGGCUACAAAAUGAGGAAGAAUCCUCCAUCCCAAAAGAAAAAUGAACAGUUUGUUAAAUUCAAGACAAGAGCUACAAGAAAUAAAACUAUGAAGAAGCUAGAUUUUAUCCAAAAGAGGAAAUCAGGAUGUCUGACAAUGAAUAUAGACAAGCUAAAUUCUAACUCAAACACUAAACUGAGGAAGCGAUCUAAGAAGCCAUAUGAGACUGGAAGAAAAGUAGUCCAAGUCUCUCUCAGCCCAUCCAUUGUGCAUGAGAGGAAGAAGAAGGUCAACAAACAAAUUGAGAAACUGAAAUAAAUUAGUUUACAUCCAUCCUGCUUUGGACUCUAUCCGAAAUACACGGAAGCAGGAAGAUAUAGAAUAUGGAACCUUCAGGACAGAUAUGAGUCCUUUGAGGCUUCUCAAGAAUAUCGGCAACAUGUACUUACACAAUUCUAACUACAUGAGGGAAGAAAUGGACCACAUUAAUGAAGAUUCUGGCUCUGAAGUAGGAGAAGAAGUCUUGGAUGUCAAACGAUAUGAUGAUUACUUCCCUCCAGUUGAGUCAAUAGAGAAAUCUUCCAUUCCUGAGUCUAUACAGCCUAAAUAAAUCCUCUAUGUAUGUUAAUUAUGUUGAUAAGAAUGGAGGAUUCAUGAACAUACAUGAGAAAAUAGAUGGAGAAAUUGUAAUCCCUGAGUUGCCUGAGAUAUUGAAUCUACCUAACAUUGACCCAUACUUACAGAAAGAAAUGCUUGGGAAAAUAAUCCACAGAAUUUCUGCGACAGAAAAAGAAAUGGAAAGAGAGUAUCAGGCUCUCAUAAAACCACCUCCUAGGAUAGCAUCGCCUCUCAGUGAGUCAAAUGAGGAGGAAGUUAUUAAAUUUAAGAAACCGAUGUUCCCCUCUAUUUCAUUGAACGGCCAAAAGUCUAAAUGGAGACUUGACCAGGAAAAGAAGGAGGCUAAAAUCCAAAAGAAUCUUCGUGAUAGGGCUAGGUAUGACACCAAUAAGCCGAAAUACCCAUCAAAGAAGGUAGAGAAGAAGCAUAAUGUGAUGCUAGCUAUGGAAGGUCCUUACUAUUUUGGGGAUGUCGAAGUCAAGAGGUUGAAGAAAAAGCUGUAUGAGUAUAGGUACCCUAAGAGAUCACGAACUAAGAUCCCAUCUCCUCCAUCCAAUCUAGAGCUCACUGAUAAGCUCAAGGUAAGAAAAUUCAAAAUUGAUGGAGUUGAUAGAGAUAAAAAACAGGAAGCUAAAGUCUGGAAGCAGUAUAAGGAAGCCUUUAAUGAGGAGAAGAACAAAAUUAUGGCUGAUAUGUACCUAAGCAGAAUGGCAGCGAAAGCUAAGAAGGAGGAAGAAGUUGAUCAAUUAAGCGAUCCAAUUUUGUAAAAACUUAAUAAAAUUCCUUACCAACAAGCUAGCAUUCUUUGCUUUGGUCUAGAAUUG